CAGAAGAAGAACAAGAAAAACAUCGCAUUCGUACUAGCUUCAAGCACAGAGAGCUUGUUCUUUUAUUACUCGUUUGAUAAGAUAACUUAAUAGAGGGAAGCUGUGAUAUUUGCGUUCUGUCACAUCCUGAGGCGCUGCAGCUUAGCUUGAGGCUAACUGCCAGGACGAGUUUGAGGUGCGGAUCAGGAUCACGGAUCAGCGACCAGGAUGGACAGCGAUAUUCAGCGAGACGGGAGAGUUCUGGAUCUGACUGACGAAGCCUGGAGGGAAGACAAACUGCCUUAUGAGGACGUCACCAUCCCUGUGAGUGAACUGCCUGAAGCUGAGCAGGACAACGGGGGAUCCACAGAGUCUGUGAAAGAACAAGAGAUGAAGUGGACGGACCUGGCCCUGCAGAGUCUUCAUGAAAACACGCCAAAUACUGGAAAUUGAUAGACCAAUUUGGAAUCAGACUGUAGCGCAAACAUACACACAUAUUUAUGCAUUAGCAUUUUUGAAGGGAUUUGAAAUGUGCAUUUUUUUCAUUGGGAUCUGGUUGAUGUAAUCUCAUUAAAUACAGUUAGAAUGCAGCACUUGUGUCAGGCGUUAAAAGUUCUAUGAAGCUAGAGUUGAAGUUUUCCACACCUUUAUGUAGAUUUUGCUCAUAAUGUCAUGAAAUUAGUUUUAGACAUUAUUUUGGCUUUGCCUUUUUAUUCGGAUCCGCACAAAAUGUCAUGGAAUCUAUUGCAUGACAGACCCGAACAUUUCAUUGAGUAUUGUGAACUUCAUUUGCUUUAACGCUUCGUAUGUUUUGAUUAGGCUAUGUUGUCUAGGUUAGACAUGACCUUUUCACUGAAUGGUGAAAAUUAUUGGUUGAGGCAAUCAAUUUGAAUGUACAGCUUGCCUCUGAGACGAUUGUACCGUCUGUGCUUGGCACAUUCUGGUGUGUUUCUUCUGUAAGUGUAGUAAUUCUGACAUUCAAACUUUUAUGAGUAACACUUGACCCUAAAAAGUUUGUUUGUGGUUGGACACAAAGGUCUGGAACACAGUAGGCAGUUCUUAUCAGUAUUUGGUUCAAGGUGAGUUUUUCCUUUGCCCGCUCUUAUCACAAGGAUUAAAUAUGUGGAUCAUUUCAUCAACGGGUGUUGACAAAGCAUGAAUUUAUUACAGUGCUUAUUUGCCUUUUUUGUGAUGCACUGCUGCCUCACGGCAGGUUCUGGAUUCAAGCCCACCACCAGUUCCUAGUUCUGUCGUUUGUGGUGUUUUCAAGUUCUCCAUGUAGCCAUUUGGAGUUAGUUUGAUGUCUAAAAAAUAAAUGUUCUUUCUUUUACCUUAAAGCUUUGGAGGUGCAUCGGGAAGGACAUCCAGCUGCCAAAUAACAUACAGAUAAGCAAUAAGGGCCUUUAUUGUACAGACAAUGAAAUUUCUCCUCUGUAUUUAAUUCUAAUUACAGUUAGACACAAUCCAUCCACUAGGCAGUCACAGUCCGAUGCCCGGGGACCAACUCCAGAUGUACAGACCCUGGUCAGGGCAGAGAAAGGAACAGCAUGUUUUUGAUUGUGGGAGGAAACCAGAGUACCCGGCACAAUCCCACACACACACCGGGAAAACAUGCGAACUCCACACAGAAAGGGCGGGAAGCGAUCCCACAAGCUUGCUGCAAGGCACCAGUGCAGUCCGAGGACAAUGUCCUGCUAUUAUGACUGCAAACAGCCAAGUUUAAAUGGGUUUUGAUCUUGUUCUAUUGACUUUGUGACAUCAUAAUUCAGGAAUAUUCAGGUCAAAUUCUUCAUCUAACAUAGAUCACAAGGCCAUCUUGAAAUAGGGUUGAUUAGAAAAUGUAUCAGGCUGGUAUGUAUUUAUUAUUAGAACAAUUAUUUAAUUUUCAGAGCCAGCUGAAUGCACCAUUUACUUUUGACAUACAAACUAAACUCUAAGCUCAUCCUAAAGGUAAUUUAAUAUAUUAAUAUUUCAAUUUACAUGAUAUUAAGGGUUAUAACGGUUAAUUCUCUAUGCGUGUGUUAAUCUGAGUCAUAAAAGCUCAGUUUUCCUUUGAGGUCAGUCUGUCUUAAAAUGUAUUACAAUCAACCCUGAUCCCGCCACAAAAUUUUGCCAAAUCCAACUCUUGUGUGUUAUACGGGAUUGAUCACAACAUUCACCUUUUUCUAUCACCUGGCAAAAGUAGACGUAUGCGGAAAUUCGAUUUGUUUUUCAUUGCUUUUCGGUCUACAAAUAACUUCCUAACUUCCUUCCUCGUGAUUGCCACUUUUCCCACAUUAUGUAGUCAGGGAAGGCAUCAUAUCACAAUGGCCUGUUUACUUUGUUUUGCUCACGAGUGCUGCGUGUUGAAGCCGGGUGCAGCGCGCGGGCUGAGUGCCGUGUGCACAGAAAACAAAACAAUCAUUAAAAUAAUCACACACACACACAGUUUCUGUUUUACGUAAAUACAGACUGUGUCUGGGCUAACAGCGAUAUUCACAAAUCUAAGCUCCCCCACAAAUUCUUAGAUCUGCCUCUGUAAAGUACCUGUAGACUCUAAUGUGCUGCUUUAUAUUUAGGGCAGAAUCCUCACAACGUCUCAUUUUGCAGGCUGCUGCUCCUGCUGCCCGUCCGACUGCAGCAAGUGUUCCUCUGGCUGUGUGCAAAGGGAAGACGUGCGACACCAGCUGCUGUCAGUGAGGAGGCCACAGCACCAAGUCCUUGUGCACACUGAUGCGAACAUCUUGCUGUUGUCUGUAGUAACCUGUAUAUUUUGUAUUUGGUAUUCAAUGUUAAAAUAAAAUUCUAAAAGUCAA